CCCUGGAAACAGAUCUUGCGGGACUACAAUUAUCUUCUCAUUGAAAUAGUCGCCGUCUGGUUUUCUUCUUGUGUUUUUAUCAUACCCCUUUUUCUCCCCUGUCUUUGUUCGAAUCUUCUGACAUAAAAAAUAAACAAAAACAAAACCGACAAAACCUUAAAACAAGCAGUUUUUCUACACGCUCACAGACCAUCUCCUCUUUUCUGAGAUUGACCCACACGCAAAAGCUACAAACCACUCGAAACGCAGCAUUGACGCACUGCCCCCGAUGACGACCCCAGUUCUGUCUAAAAUCACGUCUUCCGGCUCCGCCAAUUCUAAACGAAUACCUUCUAACCAUACCGACACGUCGUCCAUGAAAAUGGCAACGAGAACAAACUCAUCGGCGUCAAAUGUGUCCUCUCAGUACACAGACGCUCUGCAGAGUGUGCCAUCGAACAGCCAGGAUACCCGUGAUUUCGUCAUGGCCAAACGAAUCAAGGAGAGUGAGGUUGUCGGAAACAAAUCCAACCUUAACCCUCUACAGGCCCCUUUCGCCUAUCUGGACGGCUCAAGGACACUUGGGGAAGAGGUUCAGGUUGUUGCUUCCGGUAUCAAGAAUAUGCUGCAUAGACGCCAUAUGAUGCUUGAUGACAGCGGUACUAAAGAAUCUCAAGACAAAGAACGAAUGGCUAGUAUUGAAAGGAAAAUCCAUCAGCUUGAAGAUAACGAUAAGAAUACCGGCCAGCCGGAUAUUGAUGAGCUAGUGGGUCCUGAUGGGACUAUUAGUCCUGAUAUAGUUAGGAAAAGUUUGGAAAAAGAAAAGGAAAAUAGAAUUAUUAGGGAUGUUCAACAUAGCACAGAACCAAUUACUUUGCCCAAUAGAAAUAAUACUUGGCAGCAUAGUAAUCACGAGCAAUACCUUGAAAAUUCGAAGUUGAGAUUGAUACGCUCAGAAAAUUCUUCUCUUGAAGAAAGCCCCAAUCAAAACCUAACAGUCGAAGACACCACAGCAAAUUUGAGAAACGCCAUAAAACCACAUGACUUAUCAAAUGAUCCUAAAUAUAUCCUUGAUGCCAAAAAUGAUAAGAAAACUGCCUUAAUGGUUGAUGCCUUCCUUUUAGGUUAUGCCGACAUGUUGUAUUUGACAUCUUCAUUUUUUAAAGAUGAAAAUGGUAUUAGAAAAGGACCCUUGAUGAUCCCUUUGCUUAGUCUAUAUUUGACCGAUAUUACUGUCGAAGUCUUCUUAUCAAGAAAAAUCAAUCUGAACCACGAUAAUCAUAUCACCUCUUCUCUCAAUAAAGAAGAUCUUUUGAAACUUGCUACGUUUACCAAAAAUAGAAUCUUCAGACUACAUUUAGAAUAUGGUGUAGGUGACCAUGUCUUACGUUGGGACAUGGAAAAGGAUACCAAGGCUCUUGUCGUUUUACACAAAAAAUUACUGCGCAGGACAAAAGAAAGAUUAGACAAAGUGAAAACCAAAGAAGCAGAGAUACCAAGGUUUCCCGUGUUACCCAGCCAUUUUGCCAAAUUCAGAGGUUUGUUCAAAGGUGAUAGGGAGAUCUUGAUUGCUAAUGAUAAUAAAUCAGAGAAAAAGAAAUCUUUGAAUAGUGAAGGAGCUUCUUAUCGAAACGUUCACAGUAAUAAAACAAGUAUCGCAAAAGGUUACAACCCAAAGGAGAAAAAUUCUAGCUCCAAAAGUGAACAUUCGAAUGUUGACAGAGCUCCAACAAUAGACAACCAAAUAGGCUCUUCCCAAUCUGUCCGUACACCUCCCUUACAGCGUCUUAACUCGGCAUCUUCGCAGAACUCUCGUGAAGAAUCUUUACAUUCUUUAUCAAAUACAUUGAGUAGAUUCUCAACAGCAGCUUUUGCAAACCUUCGUUCUUACAACAAACCACAUGAAAGAAAUAGAGAUAAGGAUAAGGAAAAGGUAGACAAAGACAAAGACAAAGAGAAGGAUAAGGAACGGCAAAAGGAAAGAGAGAAAGAGAAAGAGAAAAAUAAAGAAAGAGAAAGACAUUUAAUAGCACUUCAAGAGAGAACACGCUUAAACCAAAAGUACAGAAAUGAUAUGCAACUCUAUUUUGACUCGUUAUUGGAGAACGUCUCUUUUAAAGAACAGUCCAAUAAAGUUUUACAGUUCUUUGAGCUAUCACCCUUUAGUCUUUUGCUUUCUAAUGAGAUUUACAGGAAAAGAAAGGAAGGCUACAUGUUUAUUGUCUCUUCGGCGAGUAAACAGGGUUGGAGGGUGGGGCAUUUCAAGUUUCAUGACUUGAGUGAAAUGAUCAAACGUCAUACAAGUAAAUGGUGCAUUCUUGGUGAUUCUUUUCUAAUAUAUACUUCAGACAUUUCAUCAACUACUCCGGAAGAGGUAUUUUUACUUGAUCCUAAAAUUCAGAUGUCGGUGAAGGGGUUUUCAGAAAAGAAAAACAACUACGGAGGUACAGAGGAUUCUGAUUCUGAUUCCGAAAACUACUACAACUACAACAUAAAUGAUAAUAUUAACGAGAACGAAAAUGAGAAUGAAAAUGAAAAUGAAAAUGAUGAUGUGGACGAUUAUUAUUUUGCUAAUUCGAAGUCUGUUUUGAAGAGCGCUAAGUCUUAUCCAACAAUUAAAUUGACCAAUUCCGAGCGCUCAAUUCAACUGGUUGCUAAAAAUCCAAGGAUUACUAGACAAUGGGCCUCAUGUAUAAGAUCAAUAAUCAGUGAAACUGAAUGGGCCAAACCUCAUAGAUUUGGAUCAUUUGCUCCUGUUAGACACCAUGCCUUUGCACAAUGGUUUGUCGAUGCAAGGGAUUAUUGGUAUGCGGCUUCAUCUGCCAUUGAGAUGGCAAAAGAUGUAAUCUAUAUUCAUGACUGGUGGUUAUCGCCGGAAUUAUAUUUGAGACGUCCAGCAAAUGGUAACCAAAAUUGGAGAAUAGACAGAUUACUCGAGAAAAAGGCGAAACAAGGUGUUAAAAUUUUUGUCAUUAUUUACAGAAAUGUCGGUAAUACGGUUGUCACAGAUUCCAUGUAUACAAAACAUUCAUUGUUAGAUUUACAUGAGAACAUUUACGUGCUAAGAUCACCCAACCAAAUCAUGCAGAACGUUUUCUUUUGGGCUCAUCAUGAAAAGUUAUUGAUUAUUGAUCAUUCUGUUUGCUUCUUAGGUGGAAUUGAUUUAUGUUUUGGAAGAUAUGAUACUCCUGACCAUGUUUUGGUGGAUGAUAGUAAAUAUGCGUUUAAGGUCGAGUCGAUGAAUGGCAACCUUUCCUCUUCACUUACAGCAAACACAUCCUCUACCCCUAACACGAAACGGAACAGAUCCUCAUCAAAAACUCCAGAAUCUGGUGUCACUGACAGUACAAGUUUGGAACAUCACCUUGCUGAUUCAAACUUAACAGACUCUAAAUGGAGUGCAGAAUAUGAUUUCCAGGAGCAAUUCCAAGUUUUUCCCGGAAAAGAUUACUCUAAUCCACGUAAGAAAGACUUUUUUGAAUUGACAUCUCCUCAUGAAGAUAUGUACGAUCGACAGACUGUUCCUCGUAUGCCGUGGCAUGAUGUUCAUAUGGUCACUGGUGGACAGGUAGCUCGAGAUUUGUCUCGUCAUUUCAUUCAAAGAUGGAACUACCUUCUCAGACAAAAGAGACCUUCUCGGCCAACUCCUUUGCUUGUUCCACCUAGACCUUUUACAGAUGAAGAGUUAUCCAAAUUGAAUUUAAAAGGUAAUUGUGAAGUCCAACUAUUGAGAUCAAGUGGUGACUGGUCACUUGGACUUGAGGAACACGAGCAAAGUAUCCAAAAUGCAUAUAUUAAAUGUAUUGAGCAAAGUGAGCACUUUGUCUAUAUGGAAAAUCAAUUUUUUGUUACCAGUUGUACUGUUGAAAGUUGUGUUGUCAAAAAUCAAAUUGGUGAUGCAUUGGUGGACAGGAUUAUUACAGCCCACAAAAAUGGCGAGGUAUGGAAGGCAGUCAUUGUCAUUCCUUUGAUGCCUGGAUUUGAGGCUGAUGUUGAUACCAAAGAGGGUGGUAGUGUCCGUUUGAUUAUGCAAUGUCAGUAUAUGUCCAUUUCGAUGGGCGAAACCUCAAUUUUUGCAAGAUUGCGCCGAGUAGGAAUCAAGCCUGAAGAUUACAUCAAUUUUUACUCUUUGAGAAAAUGGGGAUUAAUUAGUGAAAAGAAGUUGCUUACCACCGAACAGUUGUACAUUCAUGCGAAAACCAUGGUUGUUGAUGAUAGAAUUGCAAUUAUUGGGUCAGCAAAUGUCAAUGAAAGAUCUAUGCGUGGUACUAGAGACUCAGAAGUUUGUGCAAUUGUUCGUGAUAAAGAUUUGAUUGAAUCUAAGAUGGACGGAAAAGCUUAUCACGUUGGGAAAUUUUCACACAGUUUAAGAAUAAGAUUGAUGCGUGAGCAUCUAGGAGUUGAUGUUGAUUUGAUGGAUUUGGUUGAGCGCAGGUUUGCUGAGAUUGAGAAAUUCUGUAACACGGAACUUGGUAACAAUGCAUCUGUUCUAAAAGCUAAUGAAGGUAAAACUUCAUUAAGUGCGAUGGUUGAAAUGGGUACACGGUAUUUAUUGGGUUUGAAUGGUGGUACACCUGGUUUUUGCAAGAGAUAUGGCGAGAAGAACCAUAAAUUUGGAGAGAAGCUUACUGAAGAAAUGAUAAAAACCUUCACAUGCAUCAAAACAGAACAGGAGAAUACCGACUCUGUGGAUGAUAUUGAGUUUUCAUUUUCUUUUAACCAUAGAGCUGGUAAUGAGAAUGCCGGUAUUAGAAGUGAUAAAACCUUGUCAUCUGACACAAGAGUCACGACUGAAAACCACAGAAAUGAGGUCAGGGGUGAUGUUGAUGGAUUCAACUCUAAAUAUUACGAGGAAGCUAAAGCUCAAAUGAAAAAGUUUCUUGCCCAGCGUGUCAACCAGUGUGCACAGUCAGUGGACAUUGAGAAGCGAGAGGCACAUGAUAAGCACUAUCCUUUACCUGUUUUUGAAGAUAUUGUUGAUGUUCUUUCCCAGCAUAUUGUUCAAAAUGCAAGCUCUGGAGAACAAAACGCAAUUAAUACAGAUAGGUGGACCAUGGUUAAAAGGUUGUAUUAUAUGAAGAAACUUUACUGCAAACUGGCAGCAAAUGCUCAUCGUGAAAAUAAAAGUUCUAGUGAGAUCUUUGAAGAUGCAGAAGACAGCUACGUCAGGUCCAGAAGUAAUACCAAUCCUGAAAUGUUAAAAUCUUCCUUCAAAAAUGCAGAUGUCCACCUUAGCAACGAUAGCAAUGGGGAUGCCAUUGCGGGAUCCGAUACCUCUAAGUCUGCCUCCCAUCCUCUAGACACAGCAUCUUCAACUGCAAACAGAUCUCACAUGAACGGUGGAGACACAAAUAGAUUGACUUCUACACCAGCUGAAGGGAAGACUAAUAACACGAGUGCAAAGAAGUUACGUUUACCUGAUAUACCAUUGAUCAAAUUGAAAAACAAUGAUAUCAAUGAUAUCAACAAAAAUAUGUUGCCUCAACUCGAUUUCGAUUUCCUUGACCCAUAUGCUUUUGAGGAUCCACUUGAUAUCAGUUUCUAUGAGGGUACAUGGAUGACCCAAGCAAUUAGAAAUACCUUGCUCUUCCAAAUGGUUUUUCAUGUUCAGCCUGACGAUUUGGUACAGACAUGGAAAGACUACAAAGAUUUCGAGGAGUUGAAGAACGCAUUCGAAACAUACCAAAGAAUUUACAGAGAUGGCGUUAUCAACGGUGAAGGAAACAAUGUAUUUGGAGGAGAGGAAGCCCAGCAAGAAGGUUUUGACAGAGAGAGCCGUGGCAGCAUGGGCCAUCCGCUAGAUGAUGAUGUUGUGGAACAUCGUCGCCGCUUGGAGCGUAGCUUCAAGCUCGCAGAACUUGAGAGGUUCCAGCGGACCAGUGGGCCAGUUGGGACGACUCUUCCAGGCGCCAGUGGCUACGGAAGAGGUGCUGUCUACGACUACCCGACGAGUUUGCGGCUGAUGCGGAUGGUCAGGGGACACGUCGUGAUGUUCCCGACGAAGUGGCUAAAGAAGGAAGUGGAGGGCUCGAACUGGUUCUACAAGGCGGACAAAAUCCCUCCGAUCCAGAUCUACAAUUAGGCUCUCCAGAGCAUAUUUGUUUAGCUUGUAAAGUACGAAAAGUAAGCGUUUAUGCUGCCUCGACCCGAGCCAGCGAUAAGUGGUUGUAGAAAUUGGAGAAACAAGCGAGAGAAAGAGUGUAAGUGCUGUUUUCUAUAAACGAUUGACAAUUUUUGUUUAGGAGAAAGUGAAAUAAAAGAAC